AUGAAACUCCCCAUCACCAUCAUUCUCGGUCUUACUGCAUCAGUUUCAGCAAUUGACGUCGGUCUCAGAAGCAGAUCCAACUGUGAUUCCCGCGGUGGAGGAUGGUUAUGCACGAACCUAAAUCCUAAUUCAUGCUGCGGUAUCUCUUCCGGUCAUGUCGCUAGCAUCAUAUUCUACGCUAUCCCGACCGAAUGGUCCCUCGAAUUGAGAGGUCACGACGGUGGCAACUGCAACCGAUUGAGCACAGUGGACGGUAUUUUUGGCGGCACUGAGAGGUGUCUCAACGCAGGAUGGUACACCGGGGCUAGUUACGUUUUCCGCUCGAAAAGGAGAACCGCCCAAGAGAGUGCUUGCACUUCGUCAGUGGCGCCGGACGUCUUGUUCCUUGCCGAUGGACAGAAAUACAACAUUGUCAACAUGGAUCACGGCCUCAUUGAAGAGUUGGCUGGGUUUGCAACGAACGGGUCUUCUGUAGAGGAUAUCCCAGCAGUCUUCAAGCCAUUUGAGAUCGCCGCUUAG